AAAAUGAAUAAUCUUUCAUUUAGUGAGCUAUGUUGUCUCUUCUGCUGUCCACCUUGUCCAGGAAAGAUUGCUUCAAAAUUAGCAUUUUUGCCGCCUGACCCAACUUACACGCUGAUGUGUGAUGAAAGUGGAAGCCGCUGGACUUUGCACCUCUCAGAACGCGCAGACUGGCAGUACUCCUCCCGAGAGAAAGAUGCAAUUGAGUGUUUCAUGACUAGAACCAAUAAAGGCAACAGAAUUGCCUGCAUGUUUGUGCGUUGCUCGCCCAAUGCCAAAUACACUCUACUCUUCUCACACGGAAAUGCUGUGGAUCUUGGUCAGAUGAGCAGUUUUUAUAUAGGCUUGGGAUCACGGAUUAAUUGUAACAUAUUCUCCUAUGAUUAUUCUGGAUAUGGUGCAAGUUCUGGGAAGCCCACAGAGAAGAACCUCUAUGCGGACAUAGAAGCUGCUUGGCUUGCUCUCAGGACAAGAUACGGCAUUCGUCCUGAAAAUGUGAUUAUAUAUGGCCAGAGCAUAGGGACUGUCCCAUCUGUGGAUCUUGCUGCUCGAUACGAGAGCGCCGCUGUCAUUCUUCAUUCUCCUUUGACCUCAGGAAUGCGCGUCGCUUUUCCUGAUACCAAGAAGACGUACUGUUUUGAUGCAUUCCCAAAUAUUGACAAAAUCUCUAAGAUAACCUCGCCAGUAUUAAUAAUUCAUGGGACUGAAGAUGAAGUCAUUGACUUUUCACAUGGCCUCGCCUUAUUUGAGCGGUGCCAAAGACCUGUGGAACCCCUGUGGGUUGAAGGGGCAGGUCACAAUGAUGUGGAACUUUAUGGACAAUACCUUGAAAGGUUGAAACAGUUUGUGUCACAGGAACUGGUAAAUUUGUAAAAUAGUCUGUAAAUUUGCGCACUGGGUUUAUUUUUUCUUGCUGAACUGCACUCUGGUAAAGAGUAUAAAACCUGAAGGUUUUGUUUGCAAAUCAUGUCAGUUGCCUUCAUAAAUGUACAGGUAAUGAUUUGUUAACAGACUUAAUGAAGGUUUUAAUUACCAGAACUAGAAACUGGAAGUAACAGUAUCAUGCAGUCAAGCUGUAUAAUUUAUAUUUUUUCUGUGAAUUUUUUUUUAACAUCAAGAUGAGUACUGUAUAAAAUUUUAAUUACAAAAUCAAAUGCUGUAAAAGUAUUGCCAAAUGCUUUUGCCUAUCAGAAACAAAUUUAUAAAUAUUUUUAAAACAUCUCAAUGUACUAAAUCUUAUCCUGGUAUUCAAAUGUUAAUAUUCUUUCAAGAAAAUGCUGUAUAUCUAAAAUAAUUCAAGUACUCAUACUAGAAUAAUCUGUAUAAAACAGUUGAGUUCACUAGAGAUGACCUAAGCCCUGUUGUAUAGGGAUAGAGGUUUAAACGGUUAUUUUAUUGUAAAAUACCUUGAAUUUUCUGUAUUCCCUGGCUACCGGACAUUUUAUCCCUUUAAAAAAAAAUGAUGUAAAGUCUUAAUUUUUAUGCCAUCUGUUAAUUUACCAUCUAGUUACCUUGUAAAUGAAAAGUCAUGAUAGCGGUGAAUUUUAACUAGUUUUAAUUUAUAAGGUUUGGUACUAUAAGGCAACUUCUUAAAUUUUUUAUUUUAGUUAAACGGAAUUUAGAGCUUCAAGAAUGAUUUUGUAUGUGAUGUUUUAAAUUUUGACUAAUCUUAUAGAAUGGCAGUCCUCUUCAUUAUAAGAUAACUUGAAAGUCCCAUUAGAUGUUCUUCAAGACCACAAACAGACUAGCUCUUUUGUCCCUUUUCAUGUCGGCUAUUUUUAAGAAUAGAAUCAUUUGUUCUGGAUUACUAUCAGAAUUUCAUGGGUUCACUCCUGUAUGCAGGAGGUAAGAAAACACUUAAUAAUUCAUAACUUUUAUAUUAACCAAUGUAGUAAAAAAAAAUUAAGCUCACACAAAAAUUAAGUUGCCUUUCCUUGAAUGAAUCCUGCUUGAAUAAAACAAUGAAAGAAAAAAUUAACGGUAUGUAGUCUAAUUUGUAAAUGAAUGAAUAUUGAAAUAAUACACACUGUGGAUAUAUUUUAAGGCCUUAUGUAGUUUUAAUUGUUCUGCUUGUUCUGUGGUUAUGUCUUAAGAUUAUAGUAUAUGAUUCUCUUCAAAGUAUAUCAAGUAUUGUGAAUGCUUUGGUUCAGAUGUGUCAAAUUAACAGUAAAACAA